GGCACGCAAAGGCGCGCCGCGCACACAUCGCACCGGGACCUCCGGGACUAGACACGGCGGACGCAGCGCCGCACCCUCAGCCCUGUCCGCGCUUGUACGGCAUAGCCGGCCGGCCUGAGCCAAGCAAGCUAGACGCGUCCCGCAGCCAGCUGGGCCCGCCCGCCUCAUUGAGCUAGAUCAGGAAGGCGGACGCCGGACGCGGGCACAAAGCAACAGCUGAGCCACAGCUGAGCCCAAGCACUGCGGACCAGCCCCACUGCCCCGCUUCGCCAUGUUUCACAACUGGUCGCGACGCACCAAGUGGUUGGUGAGCAUCUUGGCCGCCUCAACGAUCGUGGUGGUGAUAGUUCUGGCCGUGGUGCUUACCAAGAGCGAUGACCACCCCCGCGGCCAUCUGGGAGCAAUCGCUACGGACGCGGCACCCUGUCAAGAAGUGGGCGAGAAGCUUCUCCGACUUGGAGGCAAUGCCAUUGAGGUGACGAUCGGCAUCCUGAUCUGCGAGGGCGUGUCCUCGUCGCAGAGCAUGGGCCUGGGCGGCGGCUUCAUGAUGACGAUCUAUAACCGCAAGACCAAGGAGUCGUUCGUCCUCAACGCGCGCGAGGUGGCCCCCGCGGCCGCUGACGUCAACAUGUUCGGCAAGAACGAAGACCAGGGCUCCGUCUUCAGCGGGAAGGCCAUCGCGGUGCCGGCCGAGCUGCAGGGCUACAAAGUGGCGUACGAGUAUGCCCAAAAGCACGGCGGCAAACUCGCAUGGGCCCAGCUCGUCGAGCCCACCAUCAAGAUCUGCGAGGAGGGCGUCCCCGUCAUCCAGUACGUCGAGAACAUCCUCAAGGACAAGCAGGCGCACGUCCUGCAGUCGCCGACGCUCAGUGAGCUGUUCGUCGUCAACGGCACCGUCAAGCAGAAAGGAGACUUGGUCAAGCGGACCCAGUUGGCCGAGACGCUGAAGGUCAUCGCGAAGGAGGGCGCGGAUGCGCUUCACAACGGCAGCCUCACGGAGAAGUUCCUCGCCGAUCUGAAAGCUUUCGGCAGCAUCGUCACGGCCGAGGACCUGAAAAACUACAAGCCGCGCGUGACGAACGCCACCAUCGCCAAGCUCCCGGGCGGCUACACGCUGAUCGCGCCGCCGCCGCCCGGCUCCGGCCCGCUGCUCGCCCACUUCCUCAUGAUCACGGCUGGAAUGGUGAAGCCGCCGCUGCAGACGGCGGACCAGUACCAGCGCAUCAUCGAGGCCAUGAAGUUCGUCUACGCGGCCCGCUCCGAGUUCGGUGACCCCGUCGGGGACCCCGACAACGCCAACGUCUACGUGAAAUCCGCCCAGCUCGUGAACCAGACGUUCGUCGACGAGAUUAGGCAGAAAAUCCUGAGCCACGACAAGCAGACCUCGCAGGAUCCCAAGGACUACGGCGCGACGUUCGACACGGUCAACCCGAAGGGAACGGCCCACGUAUCUGUCAUCACCGAGGACUUCGCCGUGUCUGUGACCAGCACCGUCAACACAGAGUGGGGCUGUAUGAUGGUGUCCCCCAGCACGGGCAUCAUCCUCAACAGCGAGAUGGACGACUUCUCGCUGCCGGAGGCCCCCUCCACGUACGGCGUGCCACCCUCACCCUCCAACUUCAUCAAGCCGGGCAAGGUCCCACAGUCGUCCAUGUCGCCGUCGGUCAUCUUGGACUCCAACGGCGACGUGAGGCUGGUCAUCGGCGCCUCCGGCGGUCCGCGGAUCACUUCUGCGGCAGGCCUGGUGACGCUGUUGCACUUGUAUCUGGGCGUGGACCUCGACGAGGCCAUCAAGGCCAAACGCAUCCACCACCAGCUUGUACCGAUGAGGGUCAAGUGCGAGAAAGGUUUCCGACAGGACCUGAUUGACGAGUUUCGAAAAUUCGGCCACGUAUACGAGGAGCUCUCGACCACUGCGUCGAGCGUGAUGGCCAUCGCCGUCAACGGCAACUUCUACCACCCGUCGGCCGACGCGCGCAGGGAGGGCGUCACCGCGCUUGUCGAGAGGGGCGACUGACCCGGGCCCAGCCGCCGGGACCGGGACCGACUGGUGGUGGCAGAGACGCGUGUCCAUUCACGACGACUUCGUUUCGACCAGAGCUCUCCGCUCGGUUAGGGUCGCCAAACACUUUUCCACCCCUUCCAACGCGGCCGGCACGCUCUCAUCCGGGUCGGGUCCGAUGUGUUGCCUAACGGCCCGGCGCGGCUGCGAGCGGCCCGCACCGCGGAGUGCGACUGCGGAGGGCGGUGUUUCAGACUGAAAGCGUGGUGCUUCUUGGAAAAGAUUUAGUAAUUUGUCUGUGAUAUGUGUGUAAUAAUAAGGUUCAGGAUGUGUAAUAAUUAUCAAUUUGCUGUCUUCUGGGCAGAAAGAGCAAGUCCAUGUGGCUGUGACGUUGCCAUAUAGAUCAAAGUCAUCUUGCUUAUUUAUCUUGUAUUCUUAUGUGUCUAAUUUUAAUAAAUUUUGUGUUGUGUAUAUAAUA